AUGACAGAGCGACGACAAGCGAGCGACGAGAGAGUGCGCGAGGCGCGGACGACACGGUCGCAACGACGGAGUGUGUGGCGUCGGCGAGACGGCGGGACAGCGUCGAGGGAGCGUGCUGCCGAGGAGAGCGUUCCGCGGAGGCGUGCCGAUGCGGGGCGUGCUGCGGCAGCGGGCGGUCCGUCAUUUGCCCCACCCCCGAUGGCCGAGCCGCCCCUCCUUCCGAAGCCACCCGGCCAGCAGCAACCCGCUAAGGUGAUCCUGAUCCCUCAUGCUACUCAACAGCCCACCCAACAAGUCUACCUGCUUCAGCCGAACACCGGUCAGCAACAGCUUACCUUCAUUCCGGUUCAAAUCCCGGCCGAUACGCAGAAGAAACAAAUGACUAUGUUAAGUCCAAUGCAACCAACGAACAGCAACACGCAUAUAAAUGUUGCGCAGAUGGAAACUCUUGACUCUGGUCGUGCUGGAGGAACGCCAAUAUCACAGACACCAUCACAACAGCGGAUAACUCUUGGUAAUUUACAUUUCCAACAAGAUCCUAAUGACCCACAGAAAUGGAUUAUCACUAAUGAUUCGGCUGCCACAACUCCAUCAACGCAACCAUCGAACCACUCCCACAGUCAAUCGGCUAGAAUGACUGGUGGGGGAGAUUCACCUAACAUGAUGGUCGGCGAAUACGAAAUGGGAAUUGACGAUAGUCAGGUGCCUAAGCGUUGUGCAUGCACAUGUCCAAACUGCCAAAACUCGAAUACUCCUAGAACUGGUGAUGGGAAACAGCGACUACACAUUUGUCACAUCUGUCAGAAAACCUACGGAAAAACGUCUCACUUGAGGGCACAUCUUCGUGGUCAUGCUGGCAACAAACCAUUUGCUUGUGAUUGGCAACACUGUACCAAGCGUUUUACAAGGGUGCAGCAAGCUGGUAGGGAUGGCUAA